AUGAACAGGUGCGCUUACGAGCAGAACGCCAUGGCAGGUUGUGAGGGGAUGAAGAUGGUGGAUUCAGUUGUGUGCCCAAAGCCACGUCGUUUGAACCUCAUCAAUCCUUCCCUUAACGACUCCAUCAGACCCUUCAGAUAUUUCAACCAAUCGGAAAUCGGAGAUUCUCAAGCAGGGUCUGAACUUCUGGAUUUUCUUCUCACCAAGGGAAAUCGUGAAGAGAGAUCCAGUAACCAACUGGCUUCAUCGCCACCAUUUUUCUGUGGGUCUCCACCAAGCAGGGCAUCAAACCCUGUAAUCCAAGAUGAGCAAUUUGGCAACAGCAGCAAGAUGGCUCCAUUUUUUCCAGCACCGCCGUCUUCAUUGUCUGCUCGCAACGGAGGGUGUGUUCGGAUGAAAUCAGGGGACAAGCCUGUUGCUGUGCGCAUUGAAGGGUUUGAUUGUCUUAGCAGGGACCGCAGAAACUGCAGCAUCUCUGCUGUAGCUUAG